GACUCGAAAGCGUCCUCACUCUAUACGAGAAGACAGUCUAUGUAUAAAGUCUCGUGGCUCAUACACGAAGAAUUAACACGCGCGAUAUAACUCGGUCAGUUGAAAGAGAGAGAGAGAGAGAGGACGACGCUCGUGUAUUAUGGUACAUCUCGAGUAAAAGAGGGAAAGCGACACUCCAUCGACUAUUUUUGCGAUAGGCGCGAAACAACCCCGCGAGCGAACCCUAUUGUCGGCGCCUCCUUGAACGAAGCGCUCCGUUUUCGCGCCUCGCCGCGCUCUACUCUCAACAGUGUCACGAGAUAUAUAAUCCUGCGCGAAGGAUCUCUCGCCGCAUCCGCGAGGGGAGAAGGAUAAACGCGAGUCCGCGGAAAGAGACAGAAGCGAUACCGAAGGAAGUAAGGGAGAGGAAGCUUCGAGAGGGAGAGAUCCAUCGUUCAUCAUCCGGUAUCUCCACAUACGCGAGUGGAAAUGUUGAACUCGUGUACAAGCUGGCACGUGAGGCUAAUCGUCAUCGUCAUGCUCGUGGUUACCAUAUACUACCCGGUUUUGAUUGACACGGCGGUGGUCCGUUCCGAGACGUUGGAUGAGCAGUUACUGCUUAGAGCCCUGAGUGGUCCUAGGAAUACAAGAAUCUCACGGUCCACGGAAAACAGCGACGAGGCGGAUGCGCCGAUACGGUAUUGUUACAACUCGGCCUGCGGAUGGGCGGUCUAUCAUCCGUACAUGCGCAGCAUUGAAUAUUUCAUGAAAAACACCUGCGACUGCCCGGACACGAGCUACAAGUGCGUGCGCUCCGGCGACGACCUGUCCGCGAGCGCGUACGUGUACCGCUGCCGCCAGAACACGACGGCGGACGACAUCGAGUUUCCGGAGGACGCCAACUGAGACGAGGCCGGCGGCAUCGUCGCGGGGCCUCCCCCUCGCGUGGUCACGCCAACCUGAGAUUAGCGGGCGCGACGCGCGACGUCUUCGCGAUCCAUCACCGCCGGGCUCCUCGACGUAAUUAGCCCUCUACGCUAAUGUACGCUUCCGAAAGCGAUCAUCUCUACCCCACCAUCUGAUCAGCUCCUAGCUUCGCUAGAGCGAGGAUCAACGGAUCGAGUGACCACCGGGUUCCUCCGCUAUUGUCAAAGUUCGAAUUAGGUACUUACGAGUACAAAUGGAGAGCGCCAGGCGCGACAAGCAUAUAUAUAGUUAAUUCCCAUUUGGACUAAUAAUCUUACAAAUGAAAAGAAGGGAACUUUUUUAACGCGCGAUAUGCAGAGUAUAUAUUAACACAUUAGGCUCCGGUACAAAUGUCCACAUUUUAAGCUCGCUCGAUUUAUCGUCAUCGAUAUCAUUUCCCGAUGAAUCCAAGCGAUAACUAAAGAGUCUAACGAAUCGUCUCUAUUCAUCAUAAUUUUUGAUCAUAAUUUUUUUAUUUUUAUUUGCACUGUCGCGAUGUACUUCAAAUUUCAUGCCCAUUCAUCGAUUCGUCUCUCUCUCUCUCUCUCUCACUGGAUAUUUUAUAUAAUUAGCGAUAAAUAGCGGCCUUAUAGUAAUCGGUAAUAAAAUAUAUAUCGGAUAAGAAAAUAUGACGUUAACUGUACAAAAGGAAAGAAGUUUAGUAUACGUUUUCGCAGGCACGUUCAUCAUUUGAGCAACAAUCGUACGAUUUAAACGUUAAAAAAUCCGACGUCUCCUCCUCCAUCAUCUGUGUGUAUAGGAUUUAGAUAUAGAUCGAAUAAUUCUAAAGAUUUAUCGAUGCAGGCUAACGGUCUAAUUUAUAGCUACAUUACGUUAUUAUUGAUUAUGCCAAAAAAAGAAGCUAUGACAACCGCGAAAUUAAUGCCGAUUUCGCUACAAUUUGAUAGCGAAUCAACUAAAUAUUCAAUUCGCAUAAUUUGCAACUAUUCGGAUCUUAUUCCGAUUAUUAGCCUAUAUUCGAUAUGAUUCUCGACUUGUAAUAAAGUGCAAAAUCAGACGUAUAUAUAAAUGUAGAAAAAUACCUUUUACAACGCGCUUACAUAUUUCUUCACCUUACAUUUGUACUUAAUCGAAGAAGUCGUUACGAAAUAAUCAGAAAAAGAAAAUGAUUCUUCCUUUUCGUAUAAUAAUGUAUUAUUUAUAAUGAGAAAUUUUAACUGCGGUCGUCCGUAUCCGUUACUUAACGAUCAUGCGAGUAUCGAUAUGAAUACGAGCGUAAGUCGUUUUUAUCCGUGACCUUUUGCUUUAAUCGCACGGGUAAAGUUGUCGAACUGUCGACCACAAAAUUGCGAACAAAGCAGAUCAUGCAUGAAACGCACAUAUAUACUAUAUGCGUAAGCAUCGCGUAAUCUUUCACAAACUCGAUAAAGAGGGAAAGAAAAUGUGGACCAAACGAACUGAAACGCAGUGUGUCAAAAAAUUCGCGCGAAGCACAAGUAAUAUAUAUUUUAAGUCACGGAAGUAAUUUUUUUUUUAAAGCUACAGCUAUACCAAACUAUUGUCAUAUUUUUGAUAAUAGCAUCAAAAUCACGUAAAUUCAACUGCGGUGAACGAAACUGGUAGCGGUACCGGUUUAGUACUGAUUAGUCUUGAUUUCGAUACGCACAUUCUGGAAAAAUAAGGUACCACACGUUUCUCUCAAUCUGACUCGGAACUCGUAAUACAGAUGUAUGAAAACGUCUCAAGGAGACGAGCUUAGAUUAAGAAUAAGAAAUAAAUAUUUUCAUUUCGUUGUAUUCGCAUACGCAACAUUUCAUUUGUUAUGUAAUAUACAGGAAACGUAAAUUAUAAUUACGCGAUUAAAUAUCGCGAUCGAUGUAUUGUAUAAAUAUUGUCUCUAAUUUUAUCACUUUUAAUAUAAUAAAAACUAGUUGCAAAACUUGCGACUAUUCUUCACUAUUA